UUGAAGGGACUGGAAACAAACGGGACGAACGGCGGGGUUGUUUAGAAGUAGAAGUUUAUAACGUAGCGCUGAACCCAAAACGUCUGGCAAAGGUGUGCGGCACGGUCAUGCAUCCCGACGCAGCCGCCGUACACCCAUAACCUCCAAACAGCCGACACACAAGAUCCUUGACUUGGCGACGUUAAACAUGCAGCAGACGAAUGGACAAGCAGCGUCGCCGUCAGCGGCACUGAUGUCGUCUGCCGUCCAGGACUUCUUUAGAGAGAGCGGCGCAUCGAAGGCGCCAGCUACGGGUGUGAGGGGAGUUACUGCUCCGUCAAGUAAUGGACAGUCAUGGCAGCAGUUUGCCGCGGAGGUCGAGGCUGAACAUGGCACCAGCCCCAUGGCCAGGUCAGAAUAUCCAAAGUCACCAAUAGCCUCCGAACUGGAUUCACGACAGUACAAAGUCUUCGGAUCACGGCCUCUACAGGAUGCUGCGGACUACGUUAGCUGCAAACACUGCGGGAAGCCGGUCAUGCGCAGUGCAGUCACGGAUCACCUCGACGUCUGUCCAGCAAUCGUCCCCGCGAAACCAGCACAUACAUCACCAACAAAGCGAGCAGAGAAGAAACCGGCUUUGCCGCCCAGAAGUGUGGCAGAUGAUAUUGCCAGCGAUAAGGGAACCCCGACGAAGAAUGAGAAGAAGAGGAAGGCGGGUGAGAUGACGGAUCUUACGAAUUUGGGUUCAUCGACGAGUAAGAAGCCGGAAAAGACGACGGAUAAACAGGCGGAGAAGGAGAGGAAGAAGAAGGAGAAACAAGCAAAGAAGACAGCGGCGCCGCCGAAACCAAAAGAAAAAGGCCCAGUCAACGUCGAACUCCAAUGUGGUGUCCCCCUCCCUCAGGGAGGCCAAUGCGCCCGCUCCCUAACCUGUAAAUCCCACUCCAUGGGCGCAAAACGUGCCGUGCCCGGCCGCUCCGCACCCUACGACAUCCUCCUCGCUGCCUACCAAAAGAAAAACGCCGCAAAACAACAGAAAAUGCUACCACCCCCAGCCCCGGAACGCGACGAAUUCGAGCUAUCAGCCGGCGCACAGCCACAGGAUUCUGACGAAGAGGUGGCGAUGGUCAUGGAAGGGGUGGGGAGGAGUUAUGCAAGACCGUUGGAAAGGAGGGUCAUUACGAGUGGGAGGAGGCGUAAUAUGUUUUUUAGGGUUCGGGAGGGGAUGGCGAGUGCGCUUGGUGGAGGGAGGAUGAAUAUGCAGAAUAUGGGGGCGCCAGGGUUUGCGUCUAGGGUCUUGCCGUUUCCGGUGCAGGGUGGGUCGCAGGCUGGGAGUUAGAUGGCGUGCAAUGAGGGAGAAGAGAUGAGUCUGGGUUGGGCAAUGGUUAUGCGACUGAGAGUAUUGGGAUUCGGUUUUUAUGGCGUUUCUUUAUUGCUCGAGAAGAGGACGGCGACACCGCUGUUGCCAGAGCCGGAGAUGCAUGACAAGGCUCUAUAACUAAUACUGACAUG